UAGCUAUUUACAUACAUAUACAUAUAUACUCUUAACUCCAUUCAUAGAUAUAUUGCCGUUGAUGAAAAUGCAACUCCAUAUAUCUCCAAGUCUUAGACAUGUCACGGUGUUGCCUGGAAAAGGAGUGAGGGAGUUCAUAAAAGUGAAGGUUGGAUCAAGAAGGUUGUCUUAUCGAAUGGUGUUUUACUCACUUUUGUUCUUUACGUUCCUUCUUCGGUUUGUGUUCGUGUUGACUGCUGUCGAUACCAUUGAUGGUCAAACCAGAUGCUCCUCCAUCGGUUGCCUACGAAAGAAACUAGGACCACGUAAAAAUCUUCAAUCAACUGUCCCAGAAGUAAUAUACCAAAUCUUGGAGGACUCCUCUAGUAAAUACGACAUAACCGAAGGGUCUGAAGUUGACAUUCCUGAAACUUUAGAAGAUUUUGUUUCGAGUUUGAAAGGCAACAAUAGACCAGACGCAAAAACCUUCGCCAUUAAGCUCAAAUCCAUGGUGACCCUUCUUGAACAAAGAACUCGAAAAGCCAAAAUCCAAGAAUACUUAUACCGCCAUGUCGCCUCCAGCAGCAUCCCAAAACAACUCCACUGUCUCGCACUCCGGUUAGCCACCGAGCACGCUACCAACGCCGCCGCCCGCCGCCAGAUCCCAUCGCCGGAGCUCGUGCCGGCACUCGUCGACAACUCAUACUUCCACUUCGUUCUCGCGUCCGACAACAUCCUCGCCGCCUCUGUGGUGGCCACCUCGCUCGUUUACAACUCGCUCCGCCCUGAAACGGUGGUGGUUCAUAUAAUUACAGAUCGGAAGACUUACUCUCCGAUGCAGGCGUGGUUCUCGUUGCAUCCAUUAACGCCGGCGGUUAUAGAGGUUAAGGCGUUGCAUCAUUUUGAUUGGUUUGCGAAGGGGAAAGUACCGGUUUUGGAAGCUAUGGAGAAAGAUCAGAUGGCUAGGGCUCAGUUUAGAGGUGGGUCGUCCGCCAUUGUUGCUAAUAAGACCGAGAAACCUUAUGUUAUUGCUGCAAAGUUGCAGGCGAUGAGUCCCAAGUAUAACUCGCUCAUGAACCAUGUUCGAAUUUAUUUGCCAGAGAUGUUUCCUAGUUUAAAUAAGGUAGUCUUUCUAGACGAUGACCUUGUGGUUCAAACGGAUCUUUCACCUCUUUGGGACAUUGAUAUGAAUGGAAAAGUAAAUGGAGCCGUUGAAACGUGUAGGGGAGGGGACAAAUUUGUAAUGUCAAAACGGUUAAAAAACUACUUGAACUUUUCUCAUCCAUUGAUAUCAAAUAACUUUGAUGCAAAUGAAUGUGCUUGGGCCUAUGGCAUGAACAUAUUUGACCUUGAAGCAUGGAGAAAUACCAACAUAAGCCACAAUUACCAUUAUUGGCUUGAGGAGAAUUUGAAAUCGGAUCUAAGUUUGUGGCAACUAGGAACAUUACCUCCGGGUUUAAUAGCAUUUCAUGGAUAUGUCCAUAUUAUUGACCCGUUUUGGCAUAUGUUAGGCCUUGGGUACCAAGAGAAUACAAGCAUACCAGAUGCUCAAAAGGCUGCAGUAAUCCAUUUCAAUGGUCGAGCUAAACCAUGGUUAGAUAUAGCUUUUCCAGAGCUAAGGGCAUUAUGGUCAAAGUAUGUCAACUUUUCAGAUAAAUUCAUCAAGUCAUGCAACAUUAGAGCAUCUUAAAACAUGUACAUGAACGAUUAUGUGCGAAU